AGUAAGCCCACAAGCAAUUUUAGGAAGGAAUCAUUACGGGACAGGACCAACUCCCCCCUACAACCCCACUCUUGCUAUUUUUUUGCGUGUUUUUUAAGCUUAUCCUUUAAAUACCUUUUCGGUGCGGUGGAGUUGUUGAGAAACCAUAUGCAUGCAUCAGGUUCAUUGGAGACUCUCAUGGCUGCUUCUCUCUCUUCAUCGCCAAAUUCUUCAUCUUCUUCCUGCUCAUCUCCAUGUUCUUUAAGGAUUGGGAUAGUAGGUUUUGGCGCAUUCGGUCAAUUCAUUGCGAAGACUCUUGUAAAACAGGGCCAUUCUCUCUCUGCUUAUUCGAGAUCUGAUUACUCUCUGAUCUGCUCACAAAUGGGGAUAACAUACUUCAGAGAAAUUGAUCAAUUUUGUAUGGUUGAGCACGAUGUGAUCCUCAUCUCCACAUCCAUCCUUUCGUUUGGGGACAUGCUAAAUUUAAUCCCAUUCCAUUGUAUACCAAAGCCAAUGCUCAUGGUGGACGUGCUCUCCGUAAAGGAGUUCCCUCGCGAUCACUUCUUACAGGUUUUGUCUCAAGAAUUCGAUAUUUUAUGCACCCAUCCCAUGUUCGGCCCAGAGAGCGGGCGGAAUGGGUGGAGUGGUCUACCUUUCAUGUUUGAUAAAGUCCGGAUCAGCAAAGACGACCAUCGAUCAAAGAUUUGUGAUGAUUUCCUUCAUAUAUUCAAAUUGGAGGGUUGCAGAAUGGUGGAAAUGUCUUGCGAGGAACAUGAUCAAUUGGCUGCUCAAACACAAUUUAUUACUCACACUAUGGGCAGGAUUUUGUCAGAAUUGGAUAUUAAGCCUACCCCAGUUGAUACAAAAGGCUUUCAAUCACUUCUAGCUCUGAGAGAUAAUACAAUGAAGGACAGUUUCGAUCUCUAUUCUGGCCUGUUCAACCAUAAUAGGUUUGCAAUCCAAGAGUGGCUGAGAUUGGAGCAUGCAAUUGAAGCAGUAAAAACAAAGUUGCUCAAGGAUAAGGACCAUGCACUUGACGCAGUGACAACAAAGUUUCUCAGGGAUAAGAAGCAUGAGAGUAAUUAGACCGUUAGUGAAGUUGACGAAGUAUAGAUUACGCAUUUUUCAGUUAUUUAAUUCACAACAAUAACAGUGAAUGUCAAGUUACUCUUUGUUUUAUUCAGAUGAUGCAAGAAUUGGUGUUUGAUGAAAAGGAACUAAAAGAAAACUUUACACAAUCUUUCUUUCUAA